AUGCUCUUCUCCGUCUCCCGAGCUUCCAGCCGCCAGGCCGUCGCCGCAGUCUCCCGACUUGCUGGCCGCAACUCCGUUCAGAUGAGGACAUUCCUCAACCCCACGGUCUCGCGAAGAGCCGACUUCGUCCAAGAACUUUACCUGAAAGAGCUCAAGGCCUACAAGGCACCAGCACUCAAGGCCAACGACGCCGAGGGCCAGGUCCUGACCUUCAACCAGCCCAAGACCCCCAAGUCCCCCGAGGAGACCGACCUCGCCUCCUCGCUGCAGGAGUAUGAGAACAUGGCCGUCGAGGUCGAGGGCCAGGAGCCCGCCAGCGCCGGCAAGCCCGCCGCCGCCGUCGAGGACUGGCUGGUCGAGGAGGAUGAGGAGGAGCACGCCCACGGCCACUAG